AUGGGCGCGUUUACGAAGGCCGCAUAUUUCCUUCUCCACCCCAACCAGUUGAGGUCCAUCGUUCAAUGGAAGGUAUGGCAUGAGCCCGUUCACAGGCGCGACCCUUCCAAGGAGACCGAGACAGAGAAGGCAUGCUUCCGCUAUCUCGAACUGACCUCGCGGUCAUUCUCCGCCGUCAUUCAGGAGCUCAACCCCGAGCUCCUGAUGCCCAUCUGCCUCUUCUACUUGGUACUUCGUGGCCUUGACACGAUCGAGGAUGACAUGACUAUCGAUCUCGCCAAGAAGGAGCCCUUACUGCGCGAGUUCGCCGAUUUGAUGGAGAUUGAUGGCUGGACCUUUACCGAGAAUGGCCCUAACGAGAAGGAUCGUGAACUCCUGGUUCACUUUGACGAUGUCAUUGCAGAGUUGAAGAAGGUCAAGAAGCCUUACUACGACAUCAUCCGCGAAAUCACGGUCAAGAUGGGCAAUGGUAUGGCCGACUAUGCCUUGAACGCCGAGCACAACACCAACGGUGUUAACACCAUUGAGGAAUACGAGCUUUACUGCCAUUACGUGGCCGGUUUGGUGGGCGAGGGUCUCACCCGUCUUUUUGUCGAGAGUAAUCUCGCCAACCCAGCGCUCCUCGAGCGUAUGGAGCUGACGGAGAGCAUGGGUCAGUUCCUUCAAAAGACCAACAUUAUCCGUGACAUCCACGAGGAUUACGUCGACAAGCGACGAUUCUGGCCCAAGACAAUUUGGAGCAAGUAUGUCAACACAUGGGACGACAUGUUCAAACCUCAGAACCGGGAAAAGGCGCUCCAGUGCAGUUCGGAGAUGGUCCUCAAUGCGCUCAAGCACACCGAGGAUUGUUUAUUCUACAUGGCCGGUAUGCGCGACCAGAGUGUGUUCAACUUCGUCGCUAUUCCCCAGGCUAUGGCCAUUGCAACAUUAGAACUCGUCUUCCGCAACCCAGCCAUCUUUGAGAGAAACGUCAAGAUCACCAAGGGUGACGCCUGCCAGCUCAUGAUGGAGUCGACACAGAAUCUUCGCGUAGUGUGCGAGGUGUUCCGCAGAUACGCGAGGAGGAUACACAAGAAGAACGAUCCAAGAGAUCCCAAUUACCUGGCAAUCAGCGUCCAAUGCGGAAAGAUCGAGCAAUUCAUCGAGUCCAUCUUCCCCACCCAAGACCCCAAGAAAAUCGCACUCGCACAGGCCCAAAAUUCCAACCAAGCAGCGGCAAACACCACGGACAAUGGUGACACCACCUUCCUGGUCUUGUCCAUGAUUGGUGUCCUGUUCGUUAUGGGCGGUCUUAUGAUUGGAGCCGCGUGGCUCAUGGGUGCUCGAUUCGACAUGGCCUACGAAGACAUCACAGCAAGAGUCGGCACGUUGGUUAAUGGGGCCGCUGCUGUCUCGAGUGCCACAGUAUCCAGCAUCCCCACAACGGUGGUGCAUCAGGAGUUGUAAUGCAUCAGCCAUCAAUUCGAUCAACACCCUUUAAUGACCGGCGCCUGAUCGGAUCUUUCGACACCACACACAAACGACCAACGAUAGAUCGGUUUAAGCCAGCAUGUAAUAUCUCAUGUGAUAUUGAAUUAGCGAUGACUUUCGUAUGAUUACGAGGCGAGUACCUUCUUGCGCGGGCGAUAUACAGGUAAUUUUCUGGUUUGGGAGACGCGGCAAGCCGGGCGUUCGUGGUCGGGGAAGGGGUACGGCGAUGCCCCUUUUAUGUUCCCCUACCCAGCCCCUGAUGAAAGAUCAGUGUGCCUCGUGGCCUGGGUUUCGAGGAACGACAAUUACUAACAUUUGUUUUAAUAAACGACCAUUGAACCUUCUUUCC